CUUUUGUUCGCAGGGGUGUGCACAGCCCAGGUGCAGCAGGACCUGACGUAUCACUGUGUCCAGUCCAACUGGAAAUUUACCUUUGGAAGUGGAACACAGCUGAUGGUGAAACCUGAUAUUACUCCAUCUCCUUCAGUCUACAGGCUGACCUCUGAAGAUAACAAGGAUUUGGAAAUGUGCCUUAUCACGGAUUACUCCCCUGAAAAGCUUGAUCUUAGCUCAGUCGAUAGUAAGACAGAAACUGUUGUGGAGGUGGCAACAUCCGAGAACAAACAUGAAGCAAGCUACCUGUCAACCUACUGGGCCAAGAAGGAUGAAAUGCAGUGUGGUGCCAAGCACGAGGGAUUUGGAAUACUAAAAGGAGAUGAUCCUGAAGCUGGUGCCAGCACUGUCUGCAUUACGGGGAUGUCACUGCUCUUCAAGACAGAUGAGAACCUGAACAUGCUGACCUUCUCACAACUGGGCCUGAAAAUAAUUUUCAUGAAAGCAGUAAUUUUUAACGUGCUUAUAACGAUGCUUAUGUGGAAAAAAAAUCAAUGAAAGUAACCAGACAGUGCAGAUGUGAAGUAC